ACAUACUUGGCUCACAACCAACCAAUUUUUCACAUUCUCCACUGAUUACUUUUCCUUUGAACAACGAACCUGCUAAGUUUUACUUUAGAGAUACAUCAAAAAAGAAACAAUGGCAAUUCGUUUUCCUAGUGUUCUUGCCAAGAAAAUCCCCCGUCAAUCUUCAUCCAAGUCUUUGGAUGUACAGAAAGGUUUCAUAGCGGUAUAUGUUGGGGAAGCUGACAAGAAGAGAUUUCUGGUUCCAGUUUCCUAUUUGAACCAGCCUUUGUUUCGGGAUUUGCUAUGUAAAGCUGAGGAGGAGUUCGGUUUUGAUCAUCCAAUGGGUGGUUUAACGAUUCCCUGCGACGAAGAGACUUUCCUUGAUGUCACUUCUAGCUUGAGUAGAUCAUAAGAACAAAUCACAGAAAAACAAUUUUGUAUGGCAGGAAUUGUCAAUUAAAUGUAAAUAUUUUCAAGUAAUAUCAAAUUUUCACUGAAUGAGAAAGAUUUUACCAGCAACUGUUGCUUUUCUUACCAAAUUUUCAGUGCUAUCAUCAUACUCAAUGCCCUACAGUACAAGCCUUUAGCUUCCUCCUGGUAUUAAAUUGAAAUUUUAUACUAUCUCCGCAAUUUAUUCA